AUGACAGAUACCUCCUCUCCCGCAGCCACGCAUUCGACAGCCAACCCUGCCCCGGUCGCCGUUUCGCCGCUCCCCUCUCCUGUUAUUCCCUCUCCGGUUCUAAAUGGUUCCAAUAACGCCGUCGCGCAGCAAUCCGGUCAGGAUGACGAAGAUGAGCCCUAUACCAUCAAGUGCAUAUGUACCUUUGAAGACGACGAUGGCCACACCGUGUUCUGCGAACGUUGUGAGACUUGGCAACACAUCUUAUGCUACUACGACGGCGAAGAUGUCCCCGAAGUCCACAACUGUGCUGAUUGCGAACCGAGGCCUCUCGACUCAAAACUUGCCACAGAGCUCCAGAGAAGGCGCAGGGACGAGCAGAGCGAUGGCGGUGACCGAAAGAGCAAGCGAUCCGGCUCCAAGUCCCAUAGGAAGAAGGCUAUAGCCGCAAAGGAUAACGCCAGUAACAGUAGCACCACCACGACCAUCACCACCACCACCCUUGUUGCGACCGGUGGUGCUGGCGAUCAAACCAACGGCUUCUCCUCCCACGAAAAGGGAGGCCCUCCUCCCGCGAAGAAGUCAAAGACCAGCCAUCGCACAUCCAACUCUAUAACCUCGCUCACGGGCCUUCCUCUUCCACUUGGUUCGGACGGUCGAAAGCGGGCGACGUCAACGUCAGCGUCAGCGUCAGCGUCAGCGUCAGCCAUGAGCCCUACCAAAACCUCCUUCAUCCCCAAUAUCCCCCUCUAUUCCCAAGAGUUCCUCCACCUGUACGAUCAUGACCAGGCGAACGUGGAUAUCCCUAGCAAUCUAUUCGAUAAUCUGAAACUAGCAACCGAUCUGUCGUCCUGGGUACAGGAUCCUGCCCAGCUUGCCCUUGUUUCCAACGGUCGCUCCGCGAAUGAAGUCUUUAUGUAUUUGGAUCGUCCACUCGACCCUUCGCAGUGGCCAGUCCUCUCCAAACAAGUCAUGACUGACAACAGCGUUGAAUAUGACAAACGACACCCUACAUGGCGGUUCCUGACGGUGGAAAACGAUGUCCAUAAGGAUGAGAUCAUUGGAGAAGUGAAGGGGAAAGUCGGCCAUUUCCGCGAUUAUUGCCUUGACCCGAAUAGCCGUUGGCAGGAGCUGCGCCAUCCCGAACCCUUCGUGUUCUUCCACCCUCAGCUUCCUAUAUAUAUCGACAGUCGCAAAGAAGGCUCUCAGUUACGCUAUGUUCGACGAUCGUGUCGCCCAAAUGUCACUAUGAAAACCGUCAUCACGAAUAACAUCGAAUACCAUUUCUGCUUUGUGGCGAACCAGGAUAUUUCCGCCAAAUCGGAAAUAACAACCUCUUGGUACCUCGACCCGCAAAUGUUUCCCUCCAACAAUGGCUUUGUGAAACAGGAAGGGUCCAACGAUGGCAUCUCUGACGCUGCUGCGAUCUCGAUAAGCAAUGUUCUAGCAAACUUUGGUGGCUGUGCCUGUGACUCUUCGCGAACCUGUCGUCUGGCGAAAGUCGACUGUCGACGACCUCCAAAGAGCGCGGAACCUUCCUCGAAACAGGCAAAUGGGAGACGGAAAAAGAGCAAGGCUAAAAAUACCAUUUCUCCCGUGAACACUGGCCAAGCCAAUAACAGUCGAGCUGCGAGCGAAACCGUUAAGGCCCAAGUGGAUGACGAUCAAGGGGAGUCUCGGUCAAGGUCUACAUCAAAUCGCCCGCGGAGUCGAGAUCUAACCCCAACAGCGCAUAGUCCCGCCGACCCACUAGGUUCGAUGUCCGGAGAACUUUCUGCACGAGAGAAAAGGAAGAUUGCGGCGGCUGAGAAGAAAUUCGAGCAGCUUGAACAUGAGCAGCAACAGCCUCCGAGGAAGAAAAAGCGAUCUAUUGGUACCUCUGCCGGUACUACUGCUACGACAGGCGCUUCACAAUCGCUCCAAAAACCUCUACGCAUAGACACUACCACUGCUGCUCAUCGAUUUUCUACUUCUCCCCGGAAACGCUCACCUGCGUCUGGUGCCCCAGGCUCAAAGUCGCAAACUCAAAUGAAGGUAUCGAGAUCAAACACACCCAUGGUCGGCUCCCCCCUUCGCCGCCCACACUAUGUCGACUCGGAAAUGCAGACCGAACCAGACGAGAAUGAUCCGGACUUCAUACCACCCAAACCUCCACGGCGAACUAGCUUCGUUCCUUUGAAAACACGGCUUUUUAAACGGUGUCAUGAAGACUUACUGCGACUUCGGCAAAUGGCCAACCAAACAAAUGCAUCGCCAGGAUGUAUUAACAACAACACCACCACCACGCCUUCGAUACCAGACGCGCACUCCACCGUCACCAGCUCUCCUCUGAACACUCGGGAAGAUGUCGACAUGAAGGACGCAGAUCCGCCGAUAACGCCACCCAAGACUACUCAACAUGCUAUGGUCCCACCGUCACCUGGUACAUCAACCGCAUUGUCUUCUUUGCAUAUAUCCUCUGACGCUUCACCCAACAAAUCACCUCACCCGUUGCCAUCAACCGUUGCUCAUACUUUCCCGGUGCCGCGUAAACCGCCAGACAGACUACGUAGAGGAGACCUACGAGUUCAAUUACGUCCUACACCUCCUUUCACCUCAUCACUUCCCAACCCGACGAUGAUGCCCGUCUCUAGCUAUCCCAGUCCGUCAACAAACACCACAAAUUCCUCAACGCCAAUCCUCCCAACCCAAUCUCCACACAUGUUGGCCAAAUCUACUCCCACUCCCACAGCUACCACCCCUAUAAGCACAUACCACUCAACACCCGGAUUACCUCCAGCCUCUAGUACCACCGCUCCUAGUCCCGUGAAGAAAAAGCUUAGCCUGGGCGAUUAUAUGAGCCGGCGCGGUACGAUGACGUUAACGACGCCGACGACUGAGAAGCCGCAGCCUCCUUUGUUUUCAGCGGGUCAAGGAUUAUCGACGCCACAGCAGCAGCAGCAGCAGCAGCAGCAGCCACAGCAAGGAGGCAAUAAUGGCCAGACUCAGAAUCAAAAUCAAGAUCAGAGUCCCAUGGAUAAAGAUAAAGAUAAGGUUAUGGCUUCGGUAGAUAGAAAAGACGGUUUAGGUGGUGGCGGCACGACUCAAGAUGUAGUUAUGCAGGAAGCGGGGGUGGACACUUCGUCUGCGCCUUCUGCUUCUGCUUGUGCUGGCGGUGGUGUCGGUGUCGGUGUCAGUUCCAGUCUACUGGCGUCGCCGACUAUGAUGACUCCAACUGUCCCUACACCUACUGCGUCGUUGCAUGGUGGGAAUCAUGGUUUUAAUAACAAUAACGUUGGUGCUACUACUACUACUACUACUCCUACCGGUGCGAUGGGAUCAAGGGACCCAAGGUUACAGCAUCAUUCCCGAUAA